UCUCAGGAUCCUCUCUGGCUAAGCGCAAGCAAAUAUCGAACCACAUCGACUAGUGCGCGCUCGGCGUUGUACGUUUAUUGCUUGGCCAUCCCUCAUUUCGUACUUUGUGAUCUCUCGGAAAAGAUGUCGAAAUACAGGAUCGUUAUGGUUCGCCACGGCGAGAGCGAGUGGAAUAAGUUGAACCUCUUCUGCGGAUGGUACGACGCCAAUCUGUCGGACAAGGGCCAAAACGAGGCUGUAUCCGCGGGGAAGGCUCUCAAGGAGGCAGGCUAUACAUUCGAUGUGGCUCACACGUCGGUACUCACAAGGGCUCAGGAGACGCUCAAAUCCAUCUUGAAGGAGAUCGACCAGGAUAAUCUACCCGUUCAGAAGACGUGGCGUUUGAACGAGCGACACUACGGCGGUCUCACCGGCAUGAACAAGGCGGAAACCGCUGCGAAGUACGGCGAGGAGCAGGUGCAGAUCUGGCGGAGAUCGUUCGACGUGCCGCCGCCGCCGAUGGAAUCCGAUCACAAGUACUACGACACAAUAGUGAAUGAUCCGCGUUACGCCAACGGGCCGAAGCCCGAGGAGUUCCCCAAGUUCGAGUCCCUCAAGUUGACCAUCGAGAGGACGUUACCUUACUGGAACGACACUAUUAUUCCGCAAUUGAAGGAGGGCAAGAGGAUCAUUAUAGCCGCCCAUGGAAACAGUUUACGCGGCAUAGUGAAACACCUGGAUCAAAUGAGUAAUGAGCAAAUUAUGGGGCUGAACCUGCCGACCGGUAUCCCGUUUGUGUACGAACUGGACGAGAAUUUCAAGCCCGUCGUCUCUAUGAAGUUCUUGGGCGACGAAGAGGCCGUUAAGGCCGCGAUGGCCGCGGUUGCCGCCCAAGGAAAUGCCAAAUAAACAAUGAUAUUAAUUGAAAAACGUCUAAUGCGUCGAUCUGUAAAAAGCAAUAUCUGAUGUAUGUCUGUUAAGAAUAUUUAUGAACCUCUAGUUUCGUUGUACCGUGAAAGAGAAUAUAACUCCAAGAAAGACGAUCACGGAUGGUCACGUUCUUGCUUGAACAAACACUUCUCUUGUGUAAAUUAAAAACAAGUAUUUGUAUAUAUCGUAUAGAACGUUUAAAAAUAUUCGUGAGAUUCAUCUAUGUCUAUGUAUUGUAUUAUGUACACUGUGUACUUGAAAAAAUAUAUGUACAUAGUGCCAAUGAAAAAUUCAAGUUGAUCUUAUAUAACGAAGCCUUGGAAAAAGAGCUCGAAUUAAACUUACCGUCUUUACAACCUCAAUUUUCAUACGCUUUUUCUCAAAUGUGUACUUCUGUUUUCAAAAUAUUUAAAUGUACCUAUUAUUCAAAAUUGGGUACUUUAUGGUAACUAUAUUUUCUUAAUAUAUUUAUGUUGAUAUAUCAAGAUCUUCAUUUAAUUCAUGUCUAUGUAUUAUAUUAUGUACACUGUGUGUUUCAAAAAAAUAUAUGUACAUAGUGCCAAUGAAAAAUUCAAGUUAAUCUUAUAACGAAGCUUUGGAAAAAGAGUUAAAAUUAAACUUAUCGUCUUUACAA